UAUUUUUCCCUUUCAGGUGAGAUGUCUGAAAAGUUAAGUAGGUGCCGUAAGGAGCUAGCAGCAGCUAUUGAUCGAGCAAUGGAAGAUCUCUCCAUUCCUUUCCUUCCUUCCCAAGAUACCAGCAACAACCAGGACUCCGAUUUGCCAAUAGUGCAACUUUCUACACCCCAUAAUGUAGAUAUCUUUAAUUCUAAGAGAGAGGUAAUCUCUCCUACUGUAUAUGGCCCCCAGCCAUCUUCAGCCAUCUCCUCUCCUGAAAAAGAGAAUCCCCUCCUUAGGUCAAAUCUCUUUCCAGUGACGGUAACCUCGAGUAUUACAUGUACCAAACGGGAACCAUUGAUGAGCAAGGAAAAUACAUGGUUGCACACUCCAAUCUUUAUGGCUGACAAGCAGUAUUUUAUCAGCCUACAAGACAGUGAGAGAUGGAAGAAAGGACAAGUAAGCAAAACUGAUGAACGAUCCAUGAAGUCAGAAACAAACCUAAUUUCCUGUGAUGUUCCUCCAGAGAAUCCAAAGGAUCAUGAAGAUAUGUCUGCUGGUAAGCAAUAUGUCCUCUGCUCCAUAGCUUUUUUAAAUUUGAUUACUAGCCUUUUAUGCACUUUUUUUUUUUCUGUAGGCGAAUCCUCAGCUGUCCAUCUGGGUGAGAGGACCACUUUCAGGAAGGUCCUAGAACACAGCCCUGAAGAUGAAGCUAUCAUUGAAACCUUGUUGGAUAUGGAAGAGGAAUACAGAUUAAACAGCUCCACCUUGCACCAGCUUCACUAGGCAGGUGGUGUAAAGUGUGAGCUAUUUUUAAGAUUUGUUAGUAACAUUUUAAAACCAUGCAAGCAAUCCUGACCAGAUGCACAAUUAAAGUAAGCAACUUACAAUAUUGGCAUGGAGUUUCUUUUUUCUUCUCUGUAGAAUAAUGAACAGUAGAUCAAUCAAAUGCUACUGCUUUUGCUUGCCCUUCAAGGUAAUUUUCCAUUGCAAAAAAGAUACUGCAUAUAAGCCAUCUUGUGACAUAAUGAUUUAAGUCAUGUUUACUUGCAAAUUUUUGCCAAGCAGAAGAUGCACACGUCUUUAAACCAGAAAAAAAAAACGUUUUGAAUAAUGGGAUGAAUUUCACAGAAGGAAACACAAAAUAGAUAAACACUAAUAACGAAACUGACUGGUGGGGGAAUGAAAUAAUCUACGUAUAUCUUAUAUCUAAAGAUUCAUUAAUCGUAGGAUCUUGUGCAUCAAGAUAUUUACUCCAUGGUUUUCUCUGGGGAAGCAAGCUACACAUCUGCUUUCAUGUCAGACAGGACAGAAAGGAGAAAAAAUGUGUAAUUCAUUGUGAUCAUAAAUGUAUAGUUUAAAAGAACACCCCUCCAACCCUCUGUUUUUUAUUUGGAAUGAAAUUAAAGAUUUGGUGCGUUUUUUAGCUUUCACAUAUUAUCAUAGCCUUUUUAGGGGUAAAAUACUAUUGUUGAUCAUUGAAGAAAACAGUUGGCAUCGGGAUGCUCUUUAUCAGAUGAUAAUGACUAUAAAAAGUAUUAAUGGACUUAAUUUAUUUUGUUUUUGCCAAAAAUAGGCCAUGCGUUAAGGGCAUAAAUAUUUUUAGUACUUCAAGUAAGGCCCACUUUUGUAAGAAACAUAUACAAAUAUCAACAUAAUUUAAGUGGAAACAUUGUUACCUUAGAAAUAUGUCAAUAAAGAAACCAGUGAAUGUUCUACACACAUACGGUACGUAAUUUAGUGUUAUCCACAUCCAGAAUGGGAAAAGGCUAUUUUCCCCUUAAUUUUCUGUGGGGUGGCAUAGAGAAUUCUGUAUACAGUGCAUUACCUAUAGCAGUGAUGGUGAACCUAUGGAACGCGUGCCACAGGUGACACGCGGAGCCAUUUCCAAGGGCAUGCGAGGUGCUGCCGUUAGCUGGCCAGCGCGCAUCCGUG